CGACACUAGGUGGCGGCAAUGGCGGGAUCGUCCUCGGCAGCGCAGAAAUGAACGCCAUUGACUAGGAGCGGUGCUAAUUCUAAAUAAUGUCGCUUCGUAUUGACCACAUUGACCGCAAGCCGAGAGUUUCCGCCCAUCCGUCAGAAAAGUUUGAAUCGCUCUGAUUGAGCAGCUCUGCCAUGUCGGCGCGAAGCCAUGGCCGAUGGUUCCAUCCCAACCUGUCAGGCCUGGAAGCGGAGCAGAUCCUCCUGGACCAAGGCUGUGAUGGGAGCUUCCUCGCACGGCCCAGCAAAUCCAAGAAAGGAGACUUUACACUCUCUGUCAGGAGGAAUGGUGUGGUCACUCACAUCAAGAUUCGCAACACAGGUGACUACUAUGACCUUUAUGGUGGCGAGAACUUUGCCACCUUGGCUGAACUGGUCCAGUACUACAUGGAGAACCAGGACCAACUUAAGGAACGCAAUGGCGAAAUCAUUGAACUCAAGUACCCUCUCAUCUGUGCUGACCCCACCACUGAGAGAUGGUUUCAUGGCCCACUAGUGGCCAAGGAAGCAGAGAAGCUCCUUCUGGAGAAAGGAAAAAAUGGCAGCUUCUUGGUUCGUGAGAGUCGGAGCAAGCCAGGUGACUACGUUCUGUCUGUGCGUACUGAGGACAAGGUGACGCACUUCAUUGUCCGCUGCCAGGAAGGAAAAUUUGAUGCCUGCGGUGGAGAGAAGUUUGACAGCCUCAGUGAACUGGUGGACUUCUAUCGCAAGAACCCGAUGGUGGAGACAACGGGCACUGUAGUGCAUCUCAAGCAACCGUUCAACGCGACCCGCAUCAAGGCAUCCACCAUUGAGAACCGCGUCAAGCAGCUCUCCAAAGAGAACGGACAAAACAGCGGCAAGGCUGGCUUCUGGGAGGAGUUCGAGCAUUUGCAGCAGCAAGAGUGCAAAAAUCUCUACAGUAGGAAAGAUGGACAGAGGCCUGAGAACCGAGCUAAGAACCGGUACAAGAACAUACUGCCAUUCGAUGCAACAAGAGUGCACCUGCAAGAUGUGGACCCUGACGCCCCAUACUCGGACUACAUCAAUGCAAACUACAUAAAGGUAGAUGACGAUUCCAUUUUUGAUGGCCACAGCAAAGUGUACAUAGCAACACAGGGUUGCCUACAGAACACCAUCGGCGACUUCUGGUCCAUGGUCUGGCAAGGAAAUACGAGGGUUAUUGUAAUGACUACAAAGGAAGUUGAAAGGGGAAAGCCCAAGUGUGUGCGGUACUGGCCAGAUGAAGGCCAGACGAAAGAGUACGGAAAAUACUGCCUGCAGCAUAUUGCUGACUCAUCCACUGCAGACUACACACUGAGAGAGUUUGCCAUGUCAAAAAAUGGUGAGUGCGAGUCGAGGAGUGUCUUCCACUACCACUUCACUGCCUGGCCUGACCAUGGUGUGCCGUCUGACCCUGGUUGUGUGCUGAACUUUCUGCAUGAUGUGAACCAGCGACAAGAAUCCAUGCCUGAUGCCGGACCAAUUGUGGUGCACUGCAGUGCUGGGAUCGGCCGUACGGGCACAUUUAUUGUCAUCGACAUGAUUGUGGACCUAAUCAAGAAGCAAGGACUAAGUUGUGAGAUUGACAUCCAGCGGACAAUUCAGAUGGUGCGCAUGCAGAGGUCUGGCAUGGUGCAGACUGAGGCCCAGUACAAGUUUGUGUACUUGGCUGUGGAGCACUACAUUGAGACACUGCAGCAGCGAAUGCAGGCUGAACAGGCCACCAACAGAAAUGCCCCGGCAGAUGUACGAGAACAUUCCGCUCCAAGAGAGGAAGUCACCCGUGGGACCACCCCCAGCUUUUGCACCACCACCACCGCCACCUCCAAAAAAAUCGUGACAGCAUUUAAUUCCAUAGAUGCAGCCGCGAGGAGCACCCCAGCUAGCAUGGACGACACUAGUCUUAAAUGGUUUCUUUUUCCCCCGACUGUCCUUUGUUGCUCUCCUGUCUGCUAGCAUGUCAUCUGUAGGUGUUUAAGUCUCUAUUUUCCCUCUCUCACUUUCAAGAUGACUUGCACACAAGGCCUUGUGUGCAAACUGAUGUGAUUGUGAAACAACUGCUUCCUUGUGUGCUGCUCACCUUUGCUUGCCUGUGAUGCACUCCUACUACUUUGUUUGGAUAAGUACAAAUCAAUAUUAAUGCUUUUUACUUUUGGAAGCCUCCUGCGCAUCUCCUAUGUGCACCAUGGAAAGCUAUUGUUGUUGAACUGAUUAGUGACUGUGGAAGCCACUACAGUGGCAGAGAGCCCUGGAGCAACUCAAUGGCAAUUAUUCCACAUCUAAAUGCAACUUGUAUUCAAUGCAGGUGGGCUCCACUAAGCUUGACAGUGACCACAAAGGCCAUACACGUGUAAGGCUGAAUUGACACAGAUGUCAAACUUCCUGUCUCGUCAUGGCAUUCCUCAUGAGGCAGCACUUCACCAGUUUCUCCUCAAAAAUAGCACGCCAGUGAUGCUGGUCAAUGCUCUUAAAAUCGCCGGCAUUUCAUUUUUGAGGAGAAACCAGCAAGGAAAUGCUACCUUGUGAUGAAUGCUCGGGCCACGAUGAUGACAGGAUGGGCAUUUGACCACUUUGUGAAUCAGGCUUAAAUCAGGUGUAAUGAAGGGCACAAAGAGCAUAACAGGUGCAGUUGUGGCCCUCUUUCAAGAACAUUGUCUUCUCAAAUGAUUUCCAACUGUGACCAGUCUUGAAGCUUUGUGAGCAAGCAACAAAUGACUUUGAAAAGGUCUGCACAGAAUUGGCAGCUAUUGCAAGAUGCGGGAAGGUGUUUUGCAUUUCACUUCAUCUGUGACUAGGAAGUUUUGCAAAGCUGCACUGCAAUGUUUGAUGAACUUACAAUUGUUGGAUGCAUUAAAGGGGACCUCCAGCACAAACACUGGGUAGUAUUAGGAAAAGCCGCAUGUAUGAUUUGGUGUCAAACUUUUCAAGUAAUUAUAUAAACUAUAGCGAAUGACAUGUGAGGAAUUUGCUGUUUGCAAUGAAAUACUACCACUGGAAUUCCACGUCCACUAGAACAUGUUUUCAACAUGGCUGGAAAAGCUGUAUAUUGUGUUUGCAUGAAUGAUACAGAAUGAUAUGUAUUGAUACAGGUUUUGAUUCUUAAACUAAUGAUUUUGAGAGUAAUUGUAUUGGAAUUAUGAUGUGAUCUAGCACUGCACACAGGUAUUUAAAGAAAUAGAAUCAAGUAGAUGUUCAAAAUUAGUGUCAAUCAUUUUGUGCUUUGUAGCUCCUCCUUGCCACCUGUAUGACCACCACUCGUGCUUCAUGCCAGCAGAGAAGUCCAUUCUCUGAGUGACACUACUUUAAGGAUAGCUUGCCUGCGUAACUUAAACUUUUGGUGGUUAACAUAGCAGUGGGUAGAACACUGCUGAUGCACAAAUGAAUAUGGCUGUUUUUUGUGCACUUUGUAAAACACCCAGCAGCUUGCCAUUUUAUGAUGGUGGGAAUGUGGCAGUACCACUUGCAAGGUCCUUUAAAUUACACUGCAGUAGUGUUGAUGGAAAUGGUCCCAUUGCACAUGACUACACUCACUACUGGUUUUAUAGCGCAGUUAUUGUCCCUGGGACAUUUUCAUAUUGCAUUCCAGAAAUAGGUCUCGCUGAUGUAGCCCGAUUUUCUGAUGACGUAAUAUUUUAAAACUGCAACACAUUGUGUUACUGAAAUGAAUUGUAACAAUAGUGGGCAUGCAUUUGGACAGUGAGUAAUGCAAACUUGGGGGCAACUUGUGCGGCUAACAAUUCAAAUGACAUCACAACUAAGGUGUCAAACGGAACCCAAACCGAAAUUUUAUCCAGAACUUCACCGAAACCGAUAUUUUGAGAAAGUGCCUAGAACCAAACCGUACCUGAACAAAAGAAAAUAACAGUUACAGUUUCAUGCUGAACCAGUUAAAGCAUAUAGGGUGCUCAAUGGCAUGGGUCAUGUGUGGGUGCUCAAUAUAUGAGCGAUUCUUCGAAAUAUUUACUUCUUCAGGCGGCACGCCCCACUAGCAGGUUUCUACGACUCCUGAUUUGCGUUGUGUGCAAAAAUAUGGAUAGACCUAGGCAGAGACGCUUGCACUUCCAAACACGGCUAUGCCAGUUCUGUCUCAUGGCCAAAACAUUGUUUCAGGUGGUCUGCAGAAUCACUGUUUCUGUUGAAGCUCCUAAUUUGGCCAUUAUAGGCUUGCUAUUAUUACUACAUAAACUGUAAAGCCCCCCCCAUGCCAGGAUACACGGAGAAUAAAAAUGAUGGUAUUCUCGAAGGGAAAAUAAGAAAACCAAUGAGCUCAUCUGGCUUCUUGUAACAUAAACACUGUGGUCACUCAUAUGAUUGCAGUCACCUAUAAGUGUGCAGCAGUGCUUACUGCGUGCCAUGGUUCAAUGUGCAUUUGGCCUUUCCAAGCAGAUUACUACGCAAAUCUUUCCUGAGGCACAGUGUGCGCGAUUUGGACUUUUUUGUCCACGCUUAGUCAGCAUGAGACUGUGCGACGUGCAGUUGUGCAAACAAGAAUGUCACAAUAUUUAGCACAAACUGUCGUUGUUCAUCACUCAGAAAGGUCAGUGUUUUCACAUGCCUUUAGUUAAAAACAACAACAGAAAACUGAGCAAGAUGUCAAUUGCUAGUUUCUUUCAUUCCUACACUACACAGGCUACAGACUAGAAGUUUGGAGUUGUAAUUUAUGAUAUACAAUUCGAAUUUUAAGCUCUCUCCGGUAAAGAAAAAGAUUAAAAAAGUAUAAAAGAAAAAAUUUAUGCAGCACAGGACGAGGCAGCAGCUUUUCAUGUUGUCAGCAUCUCGACGCCUGGAUGUAUGCUACAUCCUCAAAGCCAAUUCUUAUAGUUUCAUUUGAAUUCUAUGAGGGACAACAACAGUUCUUGCAGUAUACAGGGAAAAAGACUGAUGCAAACAGAGACAUGCCGACAAACAGUCGUCGAGUAAGCAUGUGUCGUGUUAGGCAACAUAUGAAUUCACUGCCUUAGUUUAGACAAAGUAAUUCAUUACUUGACCCAUCUCAACACAUUUGGAUUCCGUCAAAAUGAUGUGCAAUGUUGUAGUAGUGCCUUUAGGCUCUUUCAAAGAGCACUGCUCUACUGAAUGCAUCUGCAACGUGCCCUUCCUCUUUUUCAUUGCUUUUAUUGUCAUUGUGCUCCAGAUGUGUCUGUAUUGUAUCACAUCUGGUGCACAUGUAUCAAAUAAUGUAAAGAAGCUUUUUGUUGCCAAACAGACUUCGUGAGACUUUUCAUUUCACAUUUUCUAGAAAUUGUGAGUAUACAGUAUUCAAUUCGAUUGCCGCUUUCCUCAAAUAUUCAUAUUCAAUUCAAUUAGAAAAAUUUCACCAUUCGAACAUCCUCGUAGAUUUCUGCCGUAUCGGUGGGCCAGGGAGCCCAUUCCUUCCACCUUCUGACAAAACCUGUGUAUGCAUCAUGCAGAGACGCCUUAAUAUAGCAUUUUCUAACAUGUCGCCAUCAUAGAAAAAGGUAAUGUUUACUGUGCCAAACCGGUUCGCGAAUCAGUUUGCGAAUAAUUACAAAAUUUUAUUUCUUCGAACCUAACUGAAUUCUUGAACGAAAUCGGAGCGCAUUGAGCCUGAGCCCACACUGAAUUGGUAUUUUUAAGGUUCGACACCCUGAUCACAACCAGCAAAAGCUCUUUGACCUAUGCACCAGGUUUUGCUGCUUGUAGCAAGCAUAGUAUCUUGAUGCUGGAAGCCGGGCUAAUUCUGAAAAAAUUCCAGCACUUGGGCAGCGAACACCUUAGAAGAUGGAAAAGAAGAUGGGGCAGUCCUGUCCUGUUGCCACUGAAAAUGCCUUGUACUCUUGUGGUGAGGUGACCGCAGGUGUUUGUGGCGCUUUCCACACUGCAGCCUAAGGGCUAGCCACUACCUCAAGGCAAAGUGCCGGAAGCAUAGCCUGCAUUUUGUUGAACUUUUUAUUUUUCCAAUGUUGUCCAUGAGGGCUAGCAAACAUUGAGUUUGCUUGUUUUCACUCAACUAUUUCGCUGGGGUACUGAAUCUUAAAUAUAUAGGUGCAAAGCUUUUUCAAUAACUAGAGCUGUUAAAUCAAUGCUGCUUCACCUUGACGAAUGGUCAUAAACAUAUGGCCAGGGCUUUACAGUAUAGGUGGUGUUUAAAACAUGGUGGCUAUGGUGCGCUUCGGUCGCUUGCACUACACAAAAGCAUGGCCUUCUGGGGAAUGCGAUUAGGAAAGCCACCCUAGCCAGCAGCUGCUGCAGCUUGCCUUUCUGCCCUGACACAUGAAUACUUGUUCUGCUGGAAGUAGACCGUGCAAAGUACUUGUGCUAACACUGACCUUAGGAAUUUGUACACCGCUUACAAAUCAGUGCUUUGUUCACAUUUUUUUAAUGUAUUGCAUGUACAAUAAGACAGUAGUGACAGAAAUCUAUGAAAUAUGCCUCCACAUACUCGGUCUACAUUUGUUCAUUGUUGGGCUUUUCCAAAGCAUUAGUAUGCAAGUUUAAGCGUGUAAUGCAUGCAUUUGAAAUAUAUUGAGCUUAUGGAAGAGGGCUUGUUUAGGGCCUAUAGUAGUUGGCGCCGACUUGAAAGUUCAGUACAAGCUAUGCCCACUACACCCUCUGUGAAUUCAUGUUCUAAAACAUAAUUCAUGAGGGCCACCAGUAUUGAAGUUUGCCUCUGCCAUGACACCAUGUGAAUGAGCGAAUAUAAUUGGCUGGUGGACAUGUAUAGUACAAGUGGUCUACUUGCCACUGCAUUCGUGGGUGUUCACGAAGUAUAGUGGGGGAAUAGUGAAACUCAAUAAAGCAUGACCGCAGGCACUAGAGGGGGCAAAGUGGCCCUUCUGUCUCCUGAUACGCAAUAGCUUUCUUGAGUUGAGCUGAUGUUGGUGUUCCUCAGUUUUUGUCAUCUUCCUGCCCUGUAACAACUAGGUUCUUCCUAUGGACAUUUGCGCCCUCAGAUGAACAGUUGAGGGUGACCUGUGUGUGUAGUGUUUGUGGUUAUGCAUUAUUGUGAGUUUGUUUAUGUAGUCUAGUGUAAUGUGGCAUGUUAUUUCUUGUUGACCGCAUGUUGCUACCCUUCACCUGCCCUGUUGGUGAUAGCUGUUUUCUGAGAAAUAUGCUCACUCUGGGUGUCUGCUGGUUUGGUGGGAUAUUCAUGCCCACUUCUGAAAACAGACUACACAAAAUACCGAAAACACAUAACUUACCUGCCAAUAUCUGCUGUGCAGUUAUGCUAUUUGUUUGCUUAAGUUGCUACUUUAGGGUUCUUAUAUAAGGUUUGGGCACUAUUCAUUGCUGAGACCUUUUAUCUAAAGCACUGAGACUUGCUGUGUAAUGCGACUGGUGCAGUAUUUGCCUUGUGACUGUUUUGUUGUUGAACUUUCUGUGGGAUGAACUUCAGUUUGUGGUGUGUAUGUUCCAUUACAACCAAUACAAGCGCACAAUUGACUUUUCAUGGUGAUCAACAGCAACACAGUGAUGCGAGUGGUGCUUGUGAACUUGGUUAUGUUUCUUUCAGUGACUGUUGCUGUUUGAUUGAUUUGACUGGCAUGCUGUUCCAAAAGGCUGAUUUUCACCAAAUCCUAGAACCUGUAUUUGUCAACAGGCUGUGGAAAGGGUGAAUGACUUCUUUGUUAGUGCAUAAAGGUUGUGCUUCAUUGACCAUCUCAUACUGAGCAUCCAUGUUAGGAGUGGUACACUCAGGAAGUUGGUAAAAAAAAAAGCAGCAUCCACAACGCAUCUGUUAUUGCAAUAUGAGAUGUCAUGACAGAUUUUAUUUAAGUUUCUCUAUCAUACACAGUGAUUGUACCUUUGUAUGACCAGGGAAUAUUCAGUCAGUAACGAUAAUGUACAGAGCCUGUAUAUAUGUUAUUUGCAGUAUAGCAGCAUGAGCUCAGUUUGUUUUCAGGCGUUCAUAUAAGAAACUGCUUUCAAGGAUGAAUGGAGCAUGCGGAUUGUCCACUUCAUGUUUGUUCAUUUUGGUGAGCUCUAUUCAUUGUUCUAUUGCUGUAUACUGUGACAGUGAAUGAGAAAACAAAACCAAAUGUAUCCCCACAUGGUUUUUUUUUUCAUGUUCCUAGGAACACUUGAGUGCUUAGAAUUAGGAACAAAUGUUGUCUUGGCACCAGCUUGCUUUGUACUCAGUGAAAAAUAGUGUGUUUGCCUUGAAGGCUCUGCAUUGUGUACUGUUGCAUUGUUCAUCACCAGCGCAGCUGCACAGCAUUUUCUUCGAUGGCAGCACAGCUGUGGUGUGCACUACAUGCUUUCGUGGAUGUGCUGUCCUAUCCAAGUGCAUUGUUGAGCCUCGUACAAGCAGCGUUUUGCAAGUAGUGCCCUUUUAAUGUUCACCGUGCUUCUCUCUUGUUGGUCUGUUGAGAGCGAAAGCUGUUUGCCGUCCAGUUUGUUUGGCCAUGGCUUAUCUGCAGCACACUAAAAAAGUCCAGGUGCAUCUUGAGUCAUUCCUGAUGACCACGUACGAAAUGUUAGUGCGUGCAUCACCAUGAAUACUUUCCAACUCUCCCAAUCAUGUUGAGCUGCUGUGCUUGUGGAUCAUGCUGUUUACGUGCUUUCUUGCUUCCCCAGUUGUUUUGCAUGUUGUGUUCUCUUGCCAUCAUUCGUGCAGUACUUGGGAUAGCUUGUCCAAAGAACCCAAAUGGCCUAGUGCCCUGGACAUGAACUGGAAAUUGUUACUGCACCAUUGAGGAAAGGCCUAUCAGUGGCUUACAGAUGUUACACAAAUUUUGUAUGCCUGUUUUUUGUUCUGAGCAUGCUGUAAUUGAGCAUGAUGAAAAAGACGAUGUCUGAAUGUACGUACCACAAAUAUAUUGUCAAAUAGAA